GUAAGUUUCAGCGCAACACAAGUAACAAUGGCUUCAACUUGUUCCACUAUCCACAACUACCUUACAUAACUUAUGGACUCGACUAUGGUAUAUAAGGCAUGGUCAUUUCCUCUGCAUGGACAUCACCUUUCAUCUCUUUCCUUCACCUCAUAGUCAGUUUACUGGUAAACCAACCUUGUCCUCAACGAACACGAACUCCUUCCGCGAGCCCAUGCUUUUACAGACGCCUCGAGCACGUCCGGGCAUCCAAGUCUUCAGUAAACCCUGGAGACACUCUGAGAGACAGUGCCCCUGUCCCUCAACUUGAAGCGCGGCGUUUCCGCCUCGAUACACGUUAUAUGCGUCGGUUGGAGGAUCAACCAAGGCUCGCUGCGUCUCCCGUCAAAUUCGUAAUAAUGAGAUACUCAGCCAAGGAAUCGCCAUUCUUCAACUGUAUGAUGACUUGGGUGUUGCCAUUUGGUCACUCAAAUCAUUAUACAAACGGGGAUUGUCAGUUCUUUGGGCUGAGUGGAUCGUAUUGCUGAAUUAGACUGGAGAUCUGGCAACGCUCGGUUGACCUUCGAUCGAUGUUUGUAGCUUGUACGAGGCGGAAACGCCGCGCUUCAUG